UAGCACCCCUAAGGUUCCCAAGCUGAGGCGCACCGAUAGCGCCGGCAAGCGGUGGCGGAUGCCGGAGGAUGGAAUGAUCGUCGGCACGGUGGAGGCCCAGAAGGUGCAGUCUAGGGCACCGAAUCGGGCGGUGAGGGAUGGCGACGCGUUCUCCGGCGACCAGUGCAGGUCCGUCGGCACGGAUGUAGGCAAUGCCACCCGAAGGCCUUGCGUUGCCCCCAACCCUAACCCUAACCCUAACCCUAAUCCUAAUCCUAAUCCUAAUCCUAAUUCUAAUCCCUUCGGGCAUCGACCGGUCCCGGUGAUGCACCCCUGUCACCAAGUGCAGUACGUGGGGGUGCCGAACGGCCUCGGUUUCCCGUGCCUGAUGCCUUACUGGCCGCCGACCAUCUCGGCUGCGGCCGACGGAUUUCACCGGUUCGAGAGGAAUGGGUGCCAGCCGGCAGCUUGUCGCGGCGUCGCUGUUCACGCGGCGACCACGUGCCCCUCUAAUGGUGGUUUGGAAGUCGGUAACCUUGCGCCGAAGAUGGAUUCAACGGGGAGCAACUCGUCCGGGGUCGACGAUCGCCGUAGUGGACUCAUUCGAGGUGGAAGCAGCGUCAGCAGUCACUGUUCCAAGUGCAAGUCAGGCACUCAAAAAGCGGCCAAGCCUGCAUCGUCAUCAGUCUCAAAUGCAGGCCAAAUGCUCAGGCGCGCGGCUUCCCUGACCACGCCCGUCGCUGUGGCUCGUGAAUGGAAGACAGGCGUCGUCGCCGCCGACGACUCCUCGCCGUUGCUCGGAAUGCCUCGGGUGUCGACCACCGGCGACGGCCCCAGUGGGAGGACGAUCAGUGGUUACCUGUAUCGAUACGACAAAUCGGCGGUCAGCAUAAUGUGUGCUUGCCACGGCAAGUCGUUCACGCCGGAGGAGUUCGUCAGGCACGCUGGCGGCAGCAACGCCUCUGAUCCGUUGAGGCAGAUCGUCGUGGCUCCUUCAUGAGGUGGGCGAAAAGCUGAAGAGUGGCAGAAGGUAGUAGCCAUGGAAAAAGAAGGUGGUGUAAGCAUCUGUGCUUUAGGUCCGUAGAUUUCCUUUAUGGAUUGCUCUUGUUUAUUGCAA